UCAGGCUGGGCAGCGAGUGGAGGCACAUCAUGCUGGGCAGCGGGCACAUCAGGCUGGGCAGCGGGCACUGAGGUAUCUGGCACGACAGCGGGCACUGAGUCAUCUGGCACAACAGCGGGCACCGAGCCAUCUAGCAGAACAGCGGGCACCGAGUCACCUGGCACGACAGCGGGCACCGAGUCACCUGGCACGACAGCGGGCACCGAGUCAUCAAGCUCGACAGCGGGCACCGAGUCAUCUGGCAUGACAGCGGGCACCGAGUCACCAAGCUCGACAGCGGGCACCGAGUCACCAAGCUCGACAGCGGGCACCGAGUCAUCUGGCAGAACAGCGGGCACUGAUUCAUCUGGCUGGAUCGGGCAUCCAGACAUCAGGCUGAACAGCGGG